AUGACUUCCAAUGAAGAUGGCUCCGAGCCGGAGAGUAAAGACGAUCUCGGCUCGUCUGGUAUUACGCCUAGUACCUCGGGUAAACGACUGCGCAAGACAAAAUCAACUGCGUGUCGCCGGUGUCAUGCGCGGAAAGUCAAGUGCUCUGGUGGACAGCCCUGUGAGAAUUGCAGCCAGGCGAGUAAAGGUGCUGAAUGUUCAUAUCCGCGCAAGAACAGACUUGUUAAAGUUAGCCAACAAUACAUUGACGAUCUCGUCGCCGAGAACCAGCGUCUUCGUAAUCAAAGUGUAGACCCAAAACCUCACCAUGAAGCAGAUCCUGUCGAUGCACCAAUUGCUCCCGCCGGGCAAGCAGAGGCUCCGUCAUCACUACAGGGGACUUUACUAGAGGAGCGGCCGUGGUUCUUCGACAUGAAUGUUCUUCACACACCUGUUCUCAUCGGCGAGGCCUCAGAUGCUGCAUUCGCCACGCGUUUCCGCCAGGCCAUCUCAGAGCCUGGACACAGCCACAUCCCCAGAGUCAACUAUGCGCCCGAUGAAACGCUGCUGGCUCUCUCUGACGAGGACUGUCCAUGGCCUAUUCCAUCCCGCGCACGGUUGCUCGUCAAUGUUGCGCUCAAGUAUGUCAGUCGCUGCUACUACAUCGUGCGACGGAGUCAGAUACUCGAGGGCCUUGAGCAAACCAUUGUGAACCCGCACUCGACUGAUUCCCUGCUCAAGAGCAAACUCUGGGUUUUGUUUGCUAUUGGCGAGAUGUACUCUACGCGAACAGCUGCCAAGGACAGAAACUUUCCUGGAAUGGCGUACUUUGCGAGAGCUACCCGCAUUCUUCGCAUUAUCAGUGAGCGGCCACGUAUCGACGCCAUCGAAGUCCGCCUCCUUCUUUCUUUUUACUCCCUCGCUCUCAACCGUCGAUACACAGCCUAUGCCCUCGCCGGCUCCUCAGUCCGUCUAUCCGUAGUAAUGGGUCUUCAUCUCAACGUCCCAGAGUCCCAGCUCCGCGAUGCCGGUGCGAGAGAACAUAGGAAUCGAGUUUGGUGGACUGCUUACAGCUUUGAUCGCAUGUGGGCUUCACGACUUGGCCACCCUGUUGCGAUUCGCGAUGACGAUAUCGAAGUUGAUCUACCCACUGAUCCUGUGUUGGGCGUGCCGUCGGAUGAUUUUGCAGACUCUGCGUAUUUCAUCGCUAGUAUACGUCUGGCGGCACUCGCGGCGCGGGUGAUUAAUUCGAUAUAUACAAGGAAACCACAACAAAAGACCCUUUCGCAGCGGGUUCAAGAGGCGUUGAGAGAUCUUCGUGCAUUUGUAGAGGAAUUGCCAUCGCAUCUACACAUUGAGCCUACGGAUGCUCCCGAACCAAGUCCGAAACCUUUGUCGCUGCAUUUGUACUUUAACCAGGUCGCCAUCACCGCGACGCGUCCCAUCCUUCUCCACGUCCUACGAACCCAUGUCACAGCAUGGGCCACGCAACCCCGCACGGAGCCCCAGAUCCCCGUGUCCGCCAAAACCCUGUCGGAAGCCUGCAUCCGCUGCGCACGCCACUCGUGCCGCCUACUGAUCGAAUGCUGGAUCGACGGCUCCUUCGCCACCUUCGACUACUUCUACACGCAGUAUCUCUUCGCCGCGGCUACCGUGCUCGCCAUCUCCAGCCUCAUCGACGGGAAGGAGUGCCGCAGCGACAGGGAGCAGUUCGAGUCAGCGGCGCAGUUCCUCGCGCAGAUAAAAGAGAACGGCAACUUCGCGGCAGAGGAGUUCUGUCGCCACGUCGACGCCAUGAAGGUCUGCAUGACGGCUGUCGAGGCGCGCCGGGGACAUUUCGCUGUGCCUGACGCGGGCAUGAUGCAUCUGGAGGGGCUUGAUGUUGGGGAUGCGUUUACGAAUCCUACGGCUGGGAUGGCGUUGUCGGAGCCUUCGUUGCAGGAACUCUUGUCGCAGCCUGUGCUGGAUUUGCAGUUUAUCGAUGCGUCUAUGUAUCACGAUGGGUCGCAGGGUUUGUAUUGGCCUGACAUUAGUCCGGAGAGUUGGAGUGCUACAGGUUGGACGCCUGGUGGGUAA